UUAGGGAAGGAGUAGAUUUUCUUUAUUGCAGACAACGAUUCAAGGAAAGGUUUUUCUGUUGGUAGGAGAAGGAAGUCAGAAUAGAGGUAUUGCAGGGUAGGCUUGUUUAGAACAGAAAUCAAAGACCAACUUUUUUGAGAGAAACAAAUAACAUCUGCAAGUAAAAUAUGUUCCUGCAACUUCCAUUGCUAGCAGUUCUCCUCUCAGAUGUUGACAGUAAAGAUGACUUCCAGGAGCCAGUCUCCUUCCAAAUCAUCCAGACUUCAUCCUUUUACAACCGUUCCUCAGUACAAAAACUGGGCUCAGGUUGGUUGAGUGACUUGCAAACUCAUGGAUGGGAUAGCAACUCUGGCACUAUUAUUUUCCUGUGGCCCUGGUCCAAGGGCAACUUCAGCAAUGAAGAGAUGAUGGAAGUGGAAAAGUUAUGCCGUAUGUUCUCUGUUCGAGUAAUUCAGGCAGUUCACAACCAUGCCAAUCAAUGGAAGCUUGCAUAUCCUUUUGAGGUACAGACAGCAGCAGGUUGUGAGCUGAGUUUUCAAGAAGCCUCAAUAGGCUUCAUGCGGGUUGCUUAUCAAGGAUCAGAUUUCAUGAGCUUCCAGAACAAGUCAUGGUUGCCGUCUCCAAAGGGUGGAAGUAGGGCUCAGGAUGUCUGCAGACUAUUCAAUUCACAUAAAGUUGACCUGCAAAUAACAGACAGAUUCCUCAGUGACACCUGCCCACGUCUCCUUCUGGGAAUUCUUGAUGCGGGGAAGGCAGAUCUCCAGCGACAAGUAAAACCAGAGGCCUGGCUGUCCACUGGCCCCAGUCCUGGUCCUGGCCGUCUGAUGAUGGUUUGUCACGUCUCUGGCUUCUACCCAAAGCCAAUUUGGGUGAUGUGGAUGCAGGGCGAUCAGGAGCAUCUGGGCACUCAGCAAAGUGACAUUUUGCCCAAUGCUGAUGGGACAUGGUAUCUUCGUAAGUCCUUGGAUGUGGAAGCCCUCGAAGCAGCUGGCCUGUCUUGCCGGGUGAGACACAGCAGUCUAGGAGGCCAGGACAUCAUUGUCUACCAGGAACAUCACAACUCCUUGGGCUGGAUCUUCUUGGGAGUGAUAGUGUCCCUGGUACUUCUGACAGGUCUUGCAUUUUGGCUUAGGAAGCGCUGGACACACUGUGAACCUCCAAGCAAUCUUAUCCUUUUGGAAUGAGAUCCCUGCAGCCCAGGUGCUCAGGAUGUACUUAAACCUGACAAGGUGAUGACAUCUGCUCAACUCUUCCUAUACAACAUUUUUUGUUCCUUUUUAUUUCUGCUUAAUGAUCAGUUGUCAGUAUAAGCCAGAUGUAAUUUUGCAGGAUUUGUUUUUCUGACCUGGGUUCUGGGACUUAAAAUUCAUAUUAUAAUUGUGAAUGGAUAAGAUCUCAGCAACACCUACAUAUUCAAAUAUUAAUGGGUCCUCAGGCCCAUUUCAGAUGUUACUUCCUCCAGAGGGCCUUCCCUGAUGCAUAAGUGUAAGCAGUCUCUGCCUUGUCUGAUCUCCCAGUGCACUUGAACUGUACUUUGCCAAAUCUAAUCCUCACUUCCUGCCCUUUGUUGCAGGUAUUUAAAUCCCUUUGCCCCUUAUAAUUUUGAAGCUUUUUGAGAGCAAAGUCCAUGUCUUUUUAGUAUUUAUAUCCUUGGCCAAUUGUCUUAUUUGCAUGAAAUAUGUUCUCAAUAAAAAUCU